CGAGAACACAUUCGCAUAUUGAGCAUCUCCUUGAGUUACAUGCGCACGAUAUUCGCGUUGCCAAAGCGGCCACCGAGGAGGACCAGAAAGAAAACGUUGCACCUGAUAUUACCAAAGACGUGACUCAAGAGGUCGUGAGUAUUGAGAACGUGAGUAACGAAGAAGUCCCUGCUAUCGCCGAAGACGACCACACGCCCACUCAGGAUGCCUUGGCGCAGGAGGUUGAAGGACCUGUUCCGGGUAGUCCGGUGUCUGCGGUGAGUCUUUUCUAUCCUAACCCCAUUCCUAUCCCGGUGGGUAGGACUGAGUCUCUUCUUGCGGAAAGGUGGAGAACAGAAGAGAGAAUCAGAAACGCCAGCCAGCAACCCGCAAGAAUCCGACUAGAAAGGCCCGCCGUCCGCCCAUUGUCGCAUAAAUGGCUCGAACGUCUUCGAGAGUCCAUGGCCUCUCCACCUUCGCGGAAGAUUGUGACUACGCUGUCAGGAGAGACAUUGACGAAGAGGGAUUUGGCAACGUGUUAUACCCCGUUGGAGUGGCUAAACGACGAGGUCAUCAACGCGUAUCUGGCAUUGAUUAUUGACUAUUUGCGGCGAACCAACAACAAUUCUGGACGACAUGACAAGCCGCGAUUCCACGCGUUCAAUUCAUUCUUUUUUUCCAACCUACGUGACAAGGGCUACGAAUCUGUUCGCCGCUGGGCCACACGGGCCAAGAUUGGGGGCGAGGCCCUCCUCAACGUCGACACGGUGUUCGUGCCGAUCCACGACAAAUCCCAUUGGACGCUCAUCGUGGUGAAGCCCGGCGACCGCUCAAUUGAGCACUUCGAUUCCCUCGGGGGGCUCAACAAGAGCCAUGUCGCCAUCAUUAAGGCGUGGCUGAGGGGGGAAUUGGGGGCAAGGUUCAUCGAGGAGGAAUGGGAGGUGCUGCCGUCCCUGUCUCCCCGGCAAGACAACGGGUCCGACUGUGGUGUCUUCCUCCUGUCGACGGCGAAAGCCGUCGCCAUCAACCUGGAGCCCCAAUCCUAUGGGGCUCCAGACUCCCCACUCCUGCGAAAGAAAAUAGUGGCGGAGUUGAUGAAUGGAGGCCUGGACGGGGACUUCGAUCCCGUCCAGGGCCGAGGGGUCAUGCUGUGAGUGGCGCAGGUCAGCACUUCGACCGGCCACUUGGGGCGGGGAUGGCGGCACCU